AACAGCUGCGGGUUCUGGGCGAGCAGGCGGAGCAGCGCCGGGAGCUCGAGCGGAGCGAGCGUGGGGCGGUAGCGGCUUGCGAUUGUGAGAUGGGAACUGAGAACAAGGAGGUAAUUCCCAAGGAAGAACAUUUUGAAGAAUCUGAACCACGUGGGGCAGUAUUAGAAAAACUUCCAAAGGUGGUUUACCAGGGUCACGAAUUUGAAGAUAUGUUGGAGGGGCAUUCAAGAGAUUCCACAGAAGAGAUUAUGGAGCAGAUGUCUCCACAGGAAAGAGACUUUGCAUCUGGGUUGAUUAUCUUUAAAAAAUCACCUUCAAGUGAGAAAAAACAGGAGAAUAGUGAAAGUGGAAGAGUCUGCAGUUCCAGCCCAAAUCUGAUCACACAUCAGGGAGAUACUAUAGCAGAGGCAGUUAGUACGUUUGCUACCUCAGGCCAAAACUUCAUAGAGGCUUUAGAACCUAUCAAAACACAGAAAAGUUCGAUGGGAGAAAAGCCUCAUACGUGUAAAGAAUGUGGGAAAGCGUUUAAUCAGAACUCACAUCUUAUCCAGCAUAUGAGAGUUCAUAGUGGAGAGAAACCCUUUGAAUGCAAAGAAUGUGGAAAAACAUUUGGAACUAACUCAAGCCUUCGAAGACACUUGAGAAUUCAUGCUGGAGAGAAACCCUUUGCUUGUAAUGAAUGUGGAAAGGCCUUCAUUCAGAGUUCCCACCUUAUCCACCAUCACAGAAUCCAUACUGGAGAAAGACCUUAUAAGUGUGAAGAAUGUGGUAAAGCCUUCAGUCAGAAUUCAGCCCUGAUUCUACACCAAAGAAUCCACACUGGAGAAAAACCAUAUGAGUGUAAUGAAUGUGGGAAGACCUUUAGGGUUAGUUCACAGCUUAUUCAGCAUCAGAGAAUCCAUACUGAAGAAAGAUACCAUGAGUGCAACGAGUGCGGCAAAGCCUUCAAACAUAGUUCAGGUCUCAUCAGACAUCAGAAAAUUCAUACUGGAGAAAAACCGUAUCUGUGCAAUGAAUGUGGGAAAGGCUUUGGUCAAAGUUCUGAGCUUAUCCGGCAUCAAAGAAUUCAUACCGGAGACAAACCCUAUGAAUGUAAUGAAUGUGGGAAAACUUUUGGCCAGAACUCAGAGAUUAUUAGACACAUUAGAAUUCAUACUGGUGAGAAGCCCUAUGUAUGUAAGGAAUGUGGGAAGGCCUUUAGAGGGAACUCAGAACUUCUUAGACAUGAGAGAAUUCACACUGGAGAGAAACCUUAUGAAUGCUUUGAGUGUGGAAAGGCUUUCAGGCGAACCUCUCACCUCAUUGUCCACCAAAGAAUUCAUACUGGAGAGAAACCUCAUCAGUGUAAUGAAUGUGCAAGAACUUUUUGGGAUAACUCUGAACUACUUCUCCACCAAAAGAUUCAUAUUGGAGAGAAACCUUAUGAGUGUAAUGAGUGUGAGAAAACAUUCAGCCAGCAUUCCCAGCUUAUCAUACAUCAGAGAAUUCACACUGGAGAGAAGCCUUAUGAGUGCCAGGAGUGUCAGAAGACUUUUAGUCGGAGCUCACACCUCCUCCGACAUCAAAGCAUUCACUGUAUGGAAUGAUCUGAAAAAUAGGAAAGCUGAAGUUAGACUUAGUUAUAACCACCCCCCGAUUCCUCAGAUCAAAUGAAUGGACACAUCUUCACUGUCCUGACUUUUAUUUAAAUGUUAAUCAAAAAGGAUGAGGCACUUUUAUGAACUAUUCCUUGAAAAGUUUCAAUGUACUGAGUUAAAUCAUAAAAACUGUCUCAGGCCUUAAUUCUCCUUUGCCCCCUUUUUCCUCGCCUCCCUGCUCCCCCAGUGGCUCACAUACCAGGGGUCUGUGCUAGCCAUCUAGCCUGGGUUAUUUAACUCUUCAGGAGAAAUGGAGGAAUAGGUUGCCACUGCCAUAGUCUAAGAAUAACAGAAUUGAUUCAUGGUUUCCCCCUGAAAUGUUAUGAGGUGGUGGGCUAGAGGACCCAACCCUUGCUCCUGUCCACUGUUAAGCAUGAGAAUAAUUUAGUCAGCUUUUUUUUAGUUUCAAAAAAUUUCCCAACAUGCUAUCCAGAAAUGGGAAGCUUGGGUCACGUCACAUCUAGGCUUCCUCAUCAUCUGAAAAGGGUGUCAUAGUGGAGGAAACUGACAAGAAAUGUAUAGGAUUGUAAAUGAAGGCCCUUAGAAUUCUUGGGGCCUGGCUAGGUGAGGCCAGAGGAUAAAACUAAGGCCAAAAUGCUCAGCAUGGGCAGAAGCAGUUCCUUAGCAGCUGUUCCCCACUUUAGGGCUGCCCAGACUGCACCCAAGAACUCUGCUGCAUUCACUUUGGUCCACAGCAGCUGUUGCUGUCAGAUCCUAUGUCAGGAAGUAGCAGAGAAGACUGCAGCUUCACUGUCCCCAGGCACCUCGCCACAGUGAUGAGCCUGUUUAUCUGACUGCUGAGGGCCUUGCUUUGCCAAAGCACUUAACUCAUGACUUGGGUGACACUUGCCAGGGACACUGGCUGACAGGCGAGGGUCCUUCUCUCGCUUGCCCUUGUCUCAACAUCUCUACAUGAGUUUUGUGUGUCCUCCUAUGUGUUAUUUCUUUGAGGAGACACAUUCUUAAUUGUUCACAUGUCCACAUUUCUGAGGCAAGUGGGAGUAGUAGUGGGAAUUUUCCUAAUAGGAACUGAGCAGACUUUGCUAAGGCACUUCAUCUGCUGGUCCCUAGCUUUCUCAUCUGUCAGAUGAGAGGAAUUAAAUAAUCCACAGUUUCAGCCCGCUCAGUAAUUCCUUAAAUUCUUUAAAAAAAAAAUCUUCAGUGGUCUUUAAUCUUUUCUUGAUUACACUAAUACUAACCACUAGUAUUUAUUUUUUAUUGUAUACGGGCACAGUGCCAGACAGGUUAUAGUUUUAUUUUUACAGUAUCUCUUUGAUGUGGAUUCUUAAAACAAAAAACCCACAACUUUAUUAAGGUAUAAUUUGUUUACCUUUCACCUGUUUUAAGUGUUUAGUUAAAUGCUCUUUAUUAAUUUACAGAGUUACACAGUCAUCUGUGAUGUUAUUUUUACUCCAAUUUGAAGAGGGGUGGGGAUGUUACGUAACUUGCCAGUGAUCACACCCAGUUUGGUCUGUGCUCUUAACCACUAUGCUGUGCUGUGGAUGAAUGGAUUCAUUAUUGCCUUAUUUGAAGUUUUUUGCAUAUUUUAAAAAUUACUAAUACAUGAAUUUGAAUAUAAUGGAUUUAAAUCAUGUCCUUGACAACAGAGUUCAUCAUAAAACCCACAUGGGGGUUUAUUCUGUAUCCCAAUAUGUGUUUCCCCAGAUUAAGACCCAUCUUGAGAAAAGGGCUGUGCAAAUAAACAGCUGAUUGAUGGUUUCCAUAUCCUUCCAAGUCCUUUCUGCUUCCAGUAGCCAAACUUGAGGCAGAAAUUCUUCCACUUACCUCUUGCCUUAGGGCUAUUAUACAUUCAAUCUGCUCUUACUCCUAUAUUCACUGCUUAUGUUCAAGUUCAGUUUUAUGCCACUGUAUGUCACUAGAAACCGGGAUGUCACCUAUCCCUUUAACUCCCCAUCCCUGUACUCCAAUGUUUUAUUUCCACAUUCACUUCUUGCCAGCCUUGAUACAGACAGUACUCAGCACCUACAACUUCCCCCCUCAAAUAUCCAGGAGUAAUAUAGACUACGCAAGAUGCUGUAGUAGAGGUAGAGAAGGGGAGUUCAGUCCUAUCAGAUAUUUUGUUCUCAUAAGUCCCUUGGCACAACUGCCACUGGUUUUUCUCUUCUUUCCACUCAGGACCCAGUCACUUCAGCACCCUUUUUCUUCCCAUAUAUCCAAUCUUUGCUGUCAACAGCCUAAUUUCCUUCUGAACCUACUGCUAAGCCCAAGAAAUGGCCCUUCAGUUAGCAGUUCCCUCACUGGACCAUUAGAAAACAAUUGUGACCAACUUGAACCUGAGCAUAUUUUUGAUGAGCAAGAGGUCUCACAUCUUAGAAGAAGACUCUUCCAACGUAGUGCUUUUUCCAAGAGAAGUGAGGAAUGAAAUUAUCUUCACCUGGUUAUACACGUGAUGCACUCUCCUGCAACCUCACUGCCUGGCCUCUUCACUCUCACCUUGCUAUCUCAGGGAGACCUCUCUUUUCCUUGUUUGUCCCCCUCUUUCUAUUUACUUGGGGUUCAAAAUCUGGCCAUAACAAUGGUUUCUAGUGAUAGAAAACGAUCAAGGAAAAGCUGAGUUACCGUAACUUUAGGCCCAGUAGAAAAGUCUGCCCUCAGAUCUCAUAGGCCCAGAAAUAGUUCAGAAUUUUUGAAGCUAUGUCCAUGUACAUUUUUUAUCCUUCCCUAAUUAAAGUUUUACCGGUAUAUAUAACACUUUCGUGAAAUAAAAUAUUUCUUACAAUUUUAA